UUUUCUCUUUUCAAAUUUGCUUCUAGUUUCUUUAUCAAAGACUACUUCUUCGUACUUAUAACUCUUUAAUUUCAAAGGAAAUCCUCUCCAUUCGGCCAUAUUGUCUCGGAUACAACCCGGUGUUUAUAUUGGUUCCAUCUUUAUCGGUAAUGAUUCGAUUCAUAUUGAACCGGCUUCAAUACAUCAUCUGUCGACAGAUGAAAGAAGUUUUACUAAUAGUUUUAAGUUCCAGACACCUUUCGUGACCACUUUGAAAGAUGAAGAAAUAGCUGUCAGUCGUGUUCGGAGAGAAAUGAGAGCGACUGAGAAUGAAGUGAGAAAUCGAUGUCCUUUGAAAAUUGUAGCUGACUAUAAGUUCUUCUCUAUAGUGGGGAAGAACAACACAACUAACGUACUGCAGGUGAACAUGGUUGCAAGGGUGAACGAAAUUUAUACAGUGGUGAAUUGGGAUGAAGGAGAAGACGAAACGGAAUUGGAUAGAGGAAGGUUCGUAAAUAUGGGAUUUUCUAUCAAAGAGUUGAAAAUUCUGGACAAGCCGUCGAAUCAAGCCGGGCAUUACAAUUCUCAUGACGUGGUUAAUAAUGGAGUUUGGAAUUCAAACCGACUUUUAGAGGCAUUCACUCGUGCCGAAGGCUCUCCAGAUUUUUGCCUUGUACAUUUGCUCACUGCUCAAUCUUUCGCCGAUUCAGCUCAUAUUGGCUUAGCUUAUGUUGCUGACUCUCGUGGUGGACCUGGAGGAAUCUGCUCCGAUUCUGCUUUUGUACAUUUUCCAUUGGACUACCCUCUUGUGACAAAAGAAGCCGAGAUCGUUGUAGCUCACGAAUACGCUCACAGCUGGGGUGCUCAACACGAUGGUUUAGAACGCGAUGCAGAUGAUCGUGAGAAGUGCCUUCCUGAUUAUUCAGAAGGUGGUAAUUAUAUAAUGCAUAUGUACGCUCAGAACGGUUACGACCCGAAUAAUAUCCGCUUUUCACCAUGUUCUCGAAGAAGCAUUCGUCGCAUGCUUGAACGUCGAUGGUAUCGUUGUUUUGAACCGGAGAAGGCGCUAUUCUGUGGCAAUGGCGUCGUUGAAGAGGGCGAAGAAUGUGACGAGGGGAAUUUUCUUAAAAUAAAUGAUUGUCGCUUAACCCCUUCAUCACAAUGCUCUCCUCACAAUCAACCUUGUUGCAAUUUGUCUUGCUCCUACUAUACUGCUGACCAUAUCUGUCUUCCUGAAGAUCCUCUUCAGUGUAAAGCAUCGUCAUUUUGCACUGGUUAUUCUGGUGAUUGUCCAGCCGCUCCAGCUAUUCCGGACGGUUCUCCUUGUCUCGAAGAAGGAGAAUGCCAAAAAGGAGUGUGCCUUCCUUACUGUGAGCGUCAGAGUAUUGCCAAGAAGAGUUGCAUAUGUGAAGAAGUUACAAGCCCACGUCAUUCGUCGUGUUCCAUAGCCAAACUAAGAGGAAGAUGUAGUUGGUAUAGUCUAAGAGCAAAAUGUCUUAAUUUUUUUUCAUAG